ACGUGGAUUAUUGAGCAUGGGUGAUUCGAACUUACUUGUUGUCGAUUGCGACCCACGUGGUGCUACACUGUUUGGGUAAUUCGAGCCUCAUAUCGAGGCUGACACUGGGAUAUAAUCUUGGCGCGCAAGCUCGAUUGUUAUCACAGCCACAUGCUCUCCGUGGAGUAGUUCGCCAAUUGGACGAAACGUAACCCUGGAGCUCGAAUUCAGCGCAGAAAACCGGUUUUAAAACAGCUGAUAUGGACAAGAACAACAGUGGUGAUAUGGAAUCGAGCGAAAAAAAAUUGAUUGAGAAAGGGAAGGAAGCAAACGGCGAGCAGACUAGUGAUACUAGUGGCAGCAGCAGCGCUGUUGAUGAACGUGACGUUAAUGUUGUAGAGAUAGAGGAUGAACGCGAACAGUGGGGGAAGAAAGCGGAUUUUUUGCUCUCUUGCAUCGGCUUUGCUGUAGGGCUGGGAAAUGUUUGGCGGUUCCCCUAUUUGUGCUACGACAACGGUGGAGGGGCUUUCCUUGUUCCCUACCUUAUCAUGCUCGUGUUGUGUGGAAUGCCGAUGUUCUACAUGGAGUUGGCUGUUGGCCAGUAUUUCAGCCUUGGGCCAAUUGGAACAUGGGGUGCAAUUUGUCCAUUGUUCCAAGGUGUUGGAUUUGCGAGCAUGAUGGUGUCUUUCUUGGUUUGUGUUUACUACAAUAUCAUCAUUGCUUGGUGUCUUUACUUCCUCUUUUUGUCGUUUCGCAAAGAUGUACCCUGGAAGACAUGCGACAAUUGGUGGAAUAGUGAGAAGUGUUAUGCUGGGCGGAUUCCAGACAUGAAAAACUGUUCUUCUGGCCUUUCUAAUAGCACAGUUUUCCUUGCAAAUAGCACUGCUGCACUUGCUAAUUCAACACUCAAAAACUGCACAAAGGCAACAGCAGAUGAUUUUAGUUCUCCAGCUCUGGAGUACUGGCAAGAUUAUGUCUUGCGUUUAACAGACAGCAUUGGGGAUGCUGGAGUUUUUAGAUGGGAGAUAUUGCUUUGUUUGCUAGCUGCUUGGAUUGGGGUGUAUUUCUGUAUGUGGAAAGGGGUCAAGUCGUCUGGAAAGGUUGUGUACUUCACAGCAACAUUUCCUUAUGUAGUGCUUUUUCUUCUGUUUAUCCGUGGAGUCACACUUCCAAAUGCUAAAGAAGGGAUAAUUUACUAUUUGAGCCCUCAGUGGUAUCGUCUCAAGGAUCCCAAGGUGUGGGUUGCAGCUGCAACUCAGAUUUUCUACUCUCUUGGAAUUGGCUUUGGUUCCUUGGUGGCCAUGGGAAGUUACAACAAGUUCCACAACAAUGUUUUCAACAAGGUUAUGUCUGAUAGUCCUGGUCUGGCCUUUGUGGUUUAUCCAGAAGCUAUUGCUCAGAUGCCGAUUUCACCUCUUUGGGCCAUUCUGUUCUUCUUCAUGCUACUUACUCUGGGCCUGGACAGUCAGUUUGGUAUGAUGGAAGCAGUAAUUACAGGAGUUGUUGAUGAGUACCGCAUCAUGAGAAAACACAAAGAAUUGUUCAUCUUAGUGGCUUGCAUUCUGUGCUUCCUCCUUGGCUUGCCUUGUGUCACACAGGGGGGAGCAUAUGUGUUGAACUUAUUUGACUACCAGUCGGGAGGUGUGUCUCUUCUGUUCUUGGGUUUCUUUGAAACUGUAACCCUGGCCUGGAUUUAUGGCACAGACAGAUUUUCUCUUGACAUUGAGAAAAUGAUUGGUCGUCGUCCAGGAGCUUGGUGGUGGUUUUGCUGGAGGUUCUGUGCACCUAUCAUCAUGGCAGGAAUCUUCUUGUUCAGUGUAUCCCAAUGGGGUGGCAUCUCCUAUGGGGACUACAAGUAUCCACAAUGGGCAGAAUUUAUUGGAUGGCUUAUUGCCCUGUCCUCAAUGCUUUUCAUUCCUGGAGUGGCAAUAUACAACUUAUAUAAAACACCUGGCACGUUUAUGGAGAGACUUUUUAUCUGCCUGAAACCAGAUCCAGUUGUGCAAAGAGAAAUUGAGGAAAGGCAAGGUCUUGAACACCAAGUUGAACUUAUCAAAGUUUAAAUUGAUGGUGGAAAAUAUUGAUUUUGUAAGUAAAAUCCAAACUGUAAAAAUAAAAAAUUUUCAUCUGGUGAUGACAUAUAAAUAGAACAACAAAUGAUCCUAAAACCAAGCACUAGUCUCCAAAGAUUAGUGGUGAUGUACAUGUACAGAACUUUUCCAUGCAAGAAUUGAUGUGUAUAUGUAAAGAAAAGAUACAAGAGUCAUGGAUCUGGUGCUGGUUGUUGGAAUUGUGGAUAACUCUCCCCACUGGAUAAAUCUCUGUCUGGUGGGUGGCACAGCAAGGAUUGUUUACACCUAUAACUGCUGGAUAACAAUUUAUCUGUUGGAUAGGGUUAUUUGCCCUUUGAACAACUGGGUCUUGUAUUUCUUCAGAUAUAACUAUCACAAAGAACUCAGCAAGGAAGCACAGGUCAAGAGUUUCUUGUGAAAAUUUGUUACCUGUUCUUUUAGUGAACCCUUUCCUUUUCCCUCUUAACUUUACUGGAAAGCCAAAAAAGAAUGCCUGUUGUAGUUAAACUUUGUUGUUAUGCCAUGCAGUUUAGCAACAAUGUGUGCUGGGUGUUGGUACUUCUUGAUAUAGUUUAGCUUUGUAAUAUGAACACCUGAAUGUUUUCAAACAUGUGUGUAUAUUGCUUAGUACAAUAUAAAGUUAUGCACUGUUUCAGUGUACAGGUAAACUCUUACACUUACCAUUUUCUUGAAGCUACCUCUAAUGAGAUUGUGGUGGCUGUGCCAUCAGUUUUGCAGAUGAAACUAACAUUCAUGAAACUUGUUUUAAGAAAAGUGCACUUGCAAUAAAAUUGCCAACCUUUUUAAGUUUCACUUUUUCAGAACUUAAGUGAGCUCUCUGAUUCAGUCCAAAUUCGUUAUAUUUGUCAAGUGUUAAUACUAAGUAAAGAAAUGUUAAAUUUAUAUUUGUUAUAGCAGUGUGUUAAUACACCUGUACACAGCAAAGUAGUUAUUACACAUAUAUGGAUGUUCAUGUUGUUUAGUUUUAUCACCUGCUAAUGCUUGAGAUUUUUGUAUAGCUACAUUUGUUAUGUUAUAAAAUUGGCGAAUAUAUGCAAUGAUGAACUACAUUGACUGUAUCAACAUCAAUCUGCUUAAUGACACUCAAGAGUUUAAGAAAAAAAUAUUGAUUUUUGAUACUGGAAUAUUUUGCAACCUUGACUGAAACCAGUGCCACUUGAAUGUUGAGUUUUAAUCAAAUUUGACAAUUAUAUACCUUCAUUGGAAAAUCACUCUUUUCAUAUUAGGUCUUCCAUGUAACUCAGUUACUGUUAGGUAAGGCAGAAAUAGUGAUGCUCUUUCACCAAUCACCAUCAGUCUUAUAUUAAAUGAUACUAUUGUCUAAACAAAUUAACAAAGCUGUGAAGAUAGUCUAAAUUUUCUGUUUAAAUUACCUUUAAUAGGUUGUAUAUUGGUUAGUUUAAAAUUUAGAGACUUUGCUGCCAGAGUUAAUUUCACUUGCACUGAAUUAGUCAAUGUUGGAGUUGUGAGAUUUUCUAAUAAAAAUUACUUUGGUACAAUAUG